CACACACACACACACACACACAUACACACACACACACACACACACACACAGACAUAGACACACACACAGACACACAGACACACACACACAGAACCUCCUAUGUGUGUUCAGGUGGAGAAUCCUGCUCUCUGAUUGGCUGCUUCACACCUGACUCCUACCAGAGCUACUCAGUGAUCUGAGGUUUAACAGCAGGGUGACGAUGAUUACACACCUGUACACCUGUCAUUACCUGAGUCAAGCUGUGUGACACACACACACACACACACACACACACACACACACACACACACACACACACAUACACACACACAGGAUAUUGGAUGUUCAGGCAGUGUUGACACUACUGCGCCUUCUAGCAGAUAACUGUGUGUUUGUGUGUGUGUGUGUGUGUGUGUAUCCUCAUCAUCUUCUCAGCAGGUGACGGACAUGGUCACCAUGGCAACGCCUCCUCUGAAGGCACACACACACACACACACAGCAGGACACGCCUCCGCCAGUCUCAGAUUCUCUCAGAUGUGAUCGGACUCUGAAGAUCUCACAUCGACACUUUAAAGAUCAAACGGGUCACUAAUGACAUCAUCGUCUGAUCUGACCUUUGACCCCUGGCUCGGACAGUUAAUGAGCUACACAUGUUGUGAGCUGCUGUUUGUGGUUCCUUCAGCGCGGAGCGGAGGAAACGGGCUGUUUGAUGAUGUUUGAUCAUCGGUGUGAGUCGGCUCACCGCUGUGACUCAUCACACGUCAGGUAAACGCUGCGGCGCCGGAGGUCCGACACAGCGGCUCUGCAGGAUUUACAGUCUGUUUAUAUCAGAGACGUCUGCUCAGCUCUGAGCCUCAGACUGAAGGAAGCCACCAGACCAUUUCAUCUUUCUGAAGCAACAAUUUAAACUUCAGCAGAGAGCCGAGGAGGAAGAAAAGGAAGUAAAAGUAGAAUUCAUCUUUGUUUGUUUUAAUGCCUCUAAAGCUCAGAGAAGAUGUUUCUAUGUUCUGAUAUUUGAUGGAUUAGUGAUUAAUCAGUGAUGGCUGGUUAUCUGCUGUGAUUGAGUUUAACUGCUGGAACCAAACAUCUGUCUACAGCUCAGACGUCACAGCAGCACCUGGUGGAUGACAGAGGAACUGCAGCUGUCAUCAUCUGUCAUCUGUGAUGUAAUCCAGACGUAGCUCCUGCUCCGGUCUGAACAUGGCCGACGCUCUGCGUACGCUAUACGCCGUCCUCAUGGCUGUGUCUGGUGUAGCUUCUGUGUGUGGGAACCUCCUCCUCCUGCUGGUGCUCCUCCUCCACAAGGAGCUGCGGGCCGACACGCUGGGCCUCACCCUGAGCUUCAGCCUCAGCGACCUGGCCCUCGGACUCUCCACUAUGCCCUUUGGGGCCCACAACAGCUUGUCCCGACCUGCCGGGUACCCCAGCGAGGGCGCCUUGUGUCAGGGCAGCGGGUUCUUCUUCCUCCUGCUGCAGACGUCCUCCAUCCACUCGCUGACGUGGGCCACCGUCGACAAGUUUACAGAGAUCUGCUUCGCCCUCAGCUACCGCAGCAUCUGGACGGCCAGGCGGAGCUGGGCGGUUCUGGUGCUGGUCUGGUCCUUCUGCCUGCUGAACGCCGUCCUGCCCCUGCUGGGGUUCGGCAGCUACGCCUACAGCGAGUCGCGCUUCCUCUGCUGCCCGAGCUUCACGCCUGAUAACAGGUACUUCGUGGUGCUGUGGAUGCUGGCCGGUAUCGUGGUACCGAUCCUCACCAUGUGCUCUCUGUACGGAUACAUCGUGUAUGUGGCCCGGAAGCAGGCCAGGAGGGGAACCUUCAUGUGCAACGAGCUGCACUGCUUCUACGUUCCUGCCAACCAUUACCUGAGGAGCUCCAUCAUCAUGGUCACUACCUCAGUGUGUCUGCUGGUCUGCUGGCUGCCCUACAUCUCAGUGUGUCUGUACGAGACGUUCAGUGGUCAGCAGAGUCCUGCGGUGACUGCUGCGCUCUCCGCCUGGCUGGUUCUGAGCAGCGCCGCCCUCAACCCGUGGAUCACCUGCAUGAUGCAGACGUGAGUAUGACUCGACUCACGCAGUGAGACAUCAGGACUGUUAUGACAGAAACAUGACCUGUGCUAGUCUGCGUGUCUCCAGCAGGUACAGGGCCGCGGUGCGUUCAAGUGUCAGCAGGUUGAUCCGGAUGUGUCCGUGUUCUGGGACGCCUCUGGAGUCCCGACCACAGAGCUCCGCCCUCCACAUGGACGCGGCCAAUCGCAUCAGCACCACGACGGCCACAACACACGCACCUCCAUCACCAAAAACCCCCACACGACCGCCGCCAAGACCUCUUCACCCUCAGACCAUCGGUGUGAUGCACUGAGAACUGCAUUGUGGGAAAUGUAGUUAAUCUUUCAUUUUGAAGACACUGAUCCACCGUAACAGUUUGAUGCUGUUUACUUUGUGUCUUCAUGGACUGAGUGAGACAGAAAUAUCUCAACAUAAACCUCAGUGAGCUUCUUUCUUCCCUUUGAUCAUUAAACCUUUAAUUACUCACCUGAAACAUUUUCAUCUCUUCAUUUCUGUCCUCAAACUCUGAAUGUGUCUGUAACUAUGGUCUGAGUCUCAGGAGGAUAAAAGAAAUAAACCUGCUUCCUCUAACAUGUGACAGAGGUGUUGCUAGUGCUGUGUCGCCCCCUGCUGGCCGCAGCCGUUAUCACAGCUUAGUGGGAUUCUAACAGCCGAGAAUACGACAACAAACUAAUUCACAUGAGAAUAAAAAUGAUGUAAUUUGUAAAGAUGAAAUGUAAAAAAUAAAACAGAUUUAAAAGCUACAGUAAUAAUAAUAAUAAAAUAGAAAUAAAUAAAGCAAGCAAUAAUAAGUAAAUAAUAAUAAUAAGCUACAAGGCAGGUUUAAAGAUAUAUGUAGUGUGACAUCAUCAGUCUAUCAUCAGCUUUGCUUCCUAACCCUAAAGGUCAGA